AACUCCGAACUCCGAAGAAUAAGAUUAUUUAGUCGCAGAAUUCAAUUCGCGUAAUCGCUUUCUUCUUCAACAACCCUCUUUAGAGGCUUUCUUUCUCUUUUCUCCUUCGGUUGCAUUUUAUACAGAGUAUCGUUGAAGGAUUUUUUCUUAGUUUUCUUUUAUGGAAAGGAAGAACAGAAAUAGAAGAGUCAGAUCUUUCUCAGAGCUCAACGAUCGAUGGUUUUACUUUGAGCAGAAAUAGGAAAAACAGAGACGAAAGCAUCAAAAGAGAACGAAGAAGAAGAAAGCAAAGCACUUUACACUCAAUUUAGGAAAAGAUGAGGAAGUCGGUCUCAGCUCCUUUGCUAUCUUUCCUCUUCUUUUUCAUGGUAUCUCUACUACUGAAAGCAACAGUAGGAGACCCAAGAACCCAAACAGUGAAAAUCUUUUGCGGGCAUCAAAAAGAGCAUAAUACCACCGCCUUUGUCCCCAACUUCGUCGCCACCAUGGAGAACAUCAGUGACCAAAUGCGCACUACUGGUUUCGGAACCUCAGUCGUGGGCUCAGGACCUGACGCUAACUUCGGCCUUGCCCAAUGCUAUGGGGACCUCUCCUUGCUCGACUGUGUAUUGUGCUACGCUGAGGCUCGUACCAUCCUUCCCCAGUGUUUCCCCUACAACGGGGGCCGCAUCUUUUUGGACGGUUGCUUUAUGCGGGCAGAGAACUAUAGCUUUUUCCAGGAGUUCACCGGUCCUAAUGACCAGCCCGUGUGUGGGAAUGCCACCCGGAUGGGACAGAGGUUCCAAGAGUCGGCCAGACGGGCUAUUUCUGAAGCAGUUGCGGCCGCACCAAAUAAUGGAGGCUACGCCAGGGCUGCAGUGCCUGUUUCUGGGUCGGUGAAUCAGUCGGCUUAUGUUCUGGCCAAUUGUUUGAAGACAUUGAAUGCUAGCUCUUGCAGAGCAUGUUUGGACAGCGCAUCAGCUUUUGUCACAGGAUGCUUGCCAUGGUCAGAGGGUCGGGCUCUGAAUACGGGUUGCUUCAUGAGGUACUCAGACAAAGAUUUCUUGAACUCUGAGACGACUAACGGAAGCUCCAAAGGGAACACAGUAGUGAUGGUAGUUGCUAUUUUAAGUUCUGUAGCCGUCGUGGCUGUUGGAGUGGCCAUCGGGACUUAUAUUUGGAGACACAGAAGAAUACAAAAGAAAAGAAGAGGUUCAAAUGAUGCAGUAAAACUGGCAAAGACCCUUAAUGACAGUAGCUUGAACUUCAAGUACUCUACACUAGAGAAGGCCACUGGAUCUUUUGAUGACGCCAACAAGCUUGGGCAUGGAGGAUUUGGGACAGUUUACAAGGGUGUUCUGCCUGAUGGAAGAGAGAUUGCUGUAAAGAGGCUUUUUUUUAACAACAAACAUAGAGCUGCAGAUUUCUACAAUGAAGUUAAUAUUAUAAGCAGUGUGGAGCACAAAAAUCUGGUCAGGCUGUUGGGUUGUAGUUGUUCCGGACCAGAAAGCCUUCUUGUCUAUGAAUUCCUCCCAAACAAGAGCCUUGAUCGCUUCCUCUUUGACUCAAACAGAGGGAAAGCAUUGAACUGGGAGAAAAGAUUUGAAAUAAUUGUAGGGACAUCAGAAGGUUUGGUGUAUCUUCAUGAGAACAACAAGAUCAGAAUAAUCCAUAGAGAUAUAAAAGCCAGUAAUAUCCUAUUGGACUCAAAGCUCCGGGCGAAAAUUGCUGAUUUUGGGUUAGCAAGGUCUUUCCAAGAAGAUAAAAGUCACAUAAGCACUGCAAUUGCAGGAACUCUAGGAUACAUGGCUCCAGAGUACCUAGCUCAUGGUCAGUUAACAGAAAAGGCAGAUGUCUAUAGUUUUGGAGUGCUUUUGCUAGAGAUUGUUACUGGAAGACAAAACAAUAGAAGUAAAACAUCUGAAUACUCGGACAGUCUUGUCAAUUCUGUAUGGAGGAAAUUCCAAGAGGGAACAGUAGAGGACCUUUUUGAUCCAAAUUUGAUGCUGCAUAACUAUGAUAUCAACAGCACCAUUAAGAAGGAUAUUUUGAGGGUGGUACAUGUGGGACUUCUGUGCACACAAGAGGUCCCUUCAUUACGGCCAUCAAUGUCGAAGGCACUACAUAUGAUGUUAAAGAAAGACGAAGACCUCCCAGCACCGACCAACCCACCUUUUAUCGACGAAAAUACCAUGGAGUUCAAUGACACGUGUGAAAACCCAUGUAAACAUCUUCAUGCCACAUCUUCGCCUUCAGUUGCCAGUGUCUCCUACAGUUCGUUUUAUCCCAGGUGAAAUCAUAGAAAUGUGAAUAAAAGAAUUACCUCAUACUGGAAACACCCUUCCACCUAAUGCUGCUUCAAUUAAAAGCUCCAGCAACAAGAAAGUAGAGUUUCACACCGCUGAAUCAAUUGCGAGCAAUAUAUGAUCUAUGGGCUGGCAUGCAACAGCUUGACAAAUCAUAUACUGUUGACAAGCUGAUGAUAGAGAAGAGCUGAUCUGAGAGAAAAUUUUGAAUGAAAGGCAAACUUGUAGAACUAAUAAACUUUAUUACUAUUGUUAUUGAAUUUUGGCUUAUUGAAUGCAUGCCAGCUUGUAAACUGGUUUAAAUUA